AUGCCAGAUCAGGUUCCCAGUGCUAGCACAAAUGUGAACAAUCCUUUUGCACAAUUGGAGGCGUAUGAUUUUUCGAAAUCCAAAAUUUUCAAGACUUCCAAUCGAUUAAUUGAUGAUAUCAAGAACAGUGUGCUGUUUCUAGAGCAGUUCUCCAUAUUGAACCUCCCAGCUGUUGAUUAUGCCACCCAAUUAUCCUUACAGUAUCAAAACAGGCAGAUAAAUGAGUCUUUCAAGUUAGUACUUUUGAACAAUCAAUUAGACUUUGCUCCGACUGUGUCUACGGAGCAACUACCAAAUGGAACAAGGACCGUUUUCCGCGGACUCAUAGUACAGGACACUGUUCAUGGCAUACCAAUCUCAGACAUACCUAUCUAUCAUUGCAGAAUACUGUUCAAGAGCUUGGAGAAUGAGAUACUUUGUUCUAAGCAUCAAUUUUUUCAUUUUUCUGACGAUUCCCUCAGCCCAUCAGAUCGUUCCGAUCUGGUCACAGACUAUGCAAAGAUAUCCAAAGGUGAGUUAACCGACUGUGAAGAUGAUCUCAAGCCUUCAAUUGUUCAAUCAUGCCCCAAACUACUAGACUCCACCAACUAUAUUUGUCGAAAAUGUUACAAAGUUUUAAGGAUAGAGAUUUUUGAGAAGGACCUAUCCAAUGAAGAGUACAAACAGUUUGAGUUGAACGAGAUCCAGUUCAGAUACAGCAAAACGGUUUCUGCAGACCCCUCUUUGAAUAUUUCUAAUGAGAACGACGUCAAUAAGAUACCCUCCCAAUCAGAGUGUUUAUGGACUCUAUUCAAGGUCUUGCGAGGCCCAUUAAGUCGUGAUCCCGAGGAGUUGGAAGUUAAAACUCUGGAUGUGAAUCACAAAAUUCUGAAUAUACACCUAGACAUGGACAUUUUUGAGAAAUGCCUUUUUUUCCACAAGUCUGCAGAUGGAAGCUAUUUGACGCCGCCUUUAUUUUCCGAGUAUGGAGUGUUCGAAAAUCUAGUAAGGGAAUCUUACAUCCGAAAGUUACUGGAAGUUGUGUACCUGGGUACAAUUUGCCCCAACAAUCCGGGGCUGAAGCGACUUAACCAGUUUGCCCAAGCAUAUUGGUUUAACGAUACUGGCUCUAAAAUAUUUCAUUUCUUGAAGGAGUUUGAUUCUACUGCGGCAAUCGAAUGGUUUGGUGGUUUGAGAUAUGAUGUUUUAGAACGCUACAACCCGGCUUUAACAACCUUGGUUUCGGCAAAUUAUUUCAAUAACAAACUUAUCUGUGGUAGCUAUAGCUUACUCUGCGAAUCUGAUCCGCAGAACACUCCCAAAUAUUUUGAUGCCUUGAGAGAUAUUGGUCUUCUUAGACAGGCCCCAGUAGUGCAAGAAUUUGUUGCCAAAGAAGCUAGCAAGAACGUUUUCAGUUUCAGGGAUACUAUGAGAAAUUAUCAAAUACUUGGAAUUGACACUUCCUCUGCUGAUUUUCCGACAUUAAGUGAUGAUGAAAUCUUAAAGUUCUACAAAUACGAGUUGAUCCUCGCUAACUCAGAAUCAAGCUACGACAGACUGCGAAAUGCGUUAUCCAGCAUUGCAGACUAUCGCAAAAGCGAAGCUUUACAGAACUAUCUUCGUAUUGAACCUAUUCAUAACAUUGACCAGGCAUAUAAACAUUUUGACACUCCACAAAGCAUAGAGGACGACGUGCUUAUUACUGCAUUCCAAUUCAAGAAGGAUGAUUUUCCUCAAGCAGUUGCUCUUUAUGACCGAGCUCUACUUACCAUAGCAAUUCAGAGAAAAAGUCUAUUUUUGUGGUCAUACAUCACCCAUAACUUGGACUAUCUUUUCAAGGUUAUAGUUGCAUCAUCUAGUAAGACAAUAACAGGUGUUGAGGAUGCGUACAAAUAUCUCGGCUGUGAUCCAUUAGCAACAGAUUUCCAAGUUGUCACAAUAUUUCAGGAGAGACUGAUUAAGGAUCCAGGUAUUGAUGUGAUACUUUUUUUCUAUUCUUUGGUAGUGAUAGAAAAAUCUAGAAGCAGUAAACUUAUCGGCAAAUUUCUCCAAAAUGGUGUCGUUGAUGCUUCCUUCUUGCCUUUAGAGAGUUCACCAGUUGGCCUGAACAAUAUUGGUAAUACAUGUUAUUUGAACUCUUUACUUCAAUAUUAUUUUGUGAUAAAACCAUUAAGAACUGCGAUUCAAAAUUUCAAGGAUAUCUUACCUUCAAGCGAAGAGGAGUUUAAUAGUAUAGAAGACUAUUCUAAGAGAAGAAUUGGUGGUCGUACUGUUGGAUAUAAGGAAACCGAAAGAUCUUUUCAGUUUGUUUACCAAUUACGUGAUCUAUUUGAUGAGUUGAUACACUCCCGUCGUAUAGCCAUUACACCUACCAAAGAGCUAGCUUAUCUAGCCUUUUCUCCGAGUACUGAUGAGGUUCAGUUUCAUUUACCAGAAGUACAAAAACCAAGACCAAGUAUAACUGAAUCUGAAACUGGAAUGAGCGAUGCUCCUGUGCCCGAGCUUUCACCAGUAGCAAUGGACUGGAGUUCCUCUAUUGCUUAUCCCGAACCAUCAUCUUCUCACCAUGAAGAAUCAGCAGCAUUGAACUCUCCUGACGAGUCCAGUGAGCUUAUACAUUCACCAACAAAGCGAAAGCUGUCACCUCAACCUUCUACCGAGGACUUGAAUGAAAUUGAUACCAAAGUUUCUGUUACUAACGCAGAGCCACCGACGACUACUUUACCUAAGAGAGCUACUACGGCUGUUGCUCUGAUUGGAAAUGACCAACUGGAGAAUGCGCUUGAAUUAGGUAGACAGCAAGAUGUUACAGAAUGUAUUGAAAAUGUUCUAUUUCAACUAGAGAGUGCUUCUAAACCUACUUCCUUGGAUUCCGAUGACCAAGAACAGAAUGAUCUUGUGAAAGAACUGUUUUAUGGUAGAACGAAGCAAAUUUUGCAGCCAGUGGAUAAAGAAACCAAAGAGAACAUUACUGACUCGUCAGUGAGAACCAAAGUUGAAAGAUUUGUAAGCUUACUUGUCAAUAUCGGGGAUCACCCCAAGGAUCUCUACGAUGCAUUAGACACUUAUUUUACUGAAGAUUUAAUUGAUUUAGAUGACGGACAAGUCAAGAGGUCUCUUACAAUCACCGAGCUUCCAAAAUUCUUGCAAAUCCAAGUUCAGAGAGUCCAAUUUGAUCGUGAAAGGGGAAUUCCAUUCAAAGCCUUGGAUCCCUUGCCCUUCCAUGAAAAGUUGUACAUGGACAGAUACCUGGAAACCGAUAACGAAGAGUUAAUUUUGAAACGGAAGGAGAUUUUUCAGUGGAAAAAUGAGAUCAGUAAGCUCAACAGGCGUAAGGACGAAAUUCUUGUACCAAGUUCUCACUCUAUGACUCCAAGAAAUGCUUUGAUUGCGACUAAAGAAUUUUUAGAGGCUCAGAAGGAGUUACCUGGAGAUAUUCAAGCUACCGAAUCAACGCUUAUCACUUUACAGAAAGAAAUUGAUAUAUUAAAUAGUGAGCUCCAGACUAUUAACUCAAGACUUUCUGAGUUGGAAGAAAAAUGUCAGCAUCAAUUCGACCAGUUUAAGAACACUGGUUAUUCCAUUUUUGCCAUUUUCAUUCAUAGAGGCGAAGCCAGCUAUGGUCAUUAUUGGGUCUACAUCAGAGACCCAACUAGAAAUAUUUACCGAAAGUAUAAUGAUGAAACAAUCACUGAAGUUCCAAUUUCAGAAGUGUUCAAUUUUUCUGAGUCAAAUACUGCUACUCCAUACUUUUUGGUAUUUGUUCGGGAAGAUUUGGAGGAUGAGGUUGAACCACUCAAAAGAGAGCUGGACAGCUCCCCUACAACCGAGGAUUUUAGAAUAUCUGUAGAAGAACUAGAUUAG